AACACCAAAGGGACGAAGGGAACGUGAUAUGGCGACGUUGACAGAUUGAUUCAUCGUUGUCCCUACGUCAUCGGCAGUUUCAGAUGGCGUCAAGGGAGACUUCCAGUCACGGUGGCUGGAAGUUUGAGCAAGCAAGUUAAGGAGACGCCGCUUUCGCAACGGAUUAAUCAGCCAAGGAGAGAACGAUUGCUUCCCUAAUAUCGCCGAUUCUAGGUACGUCCGUACAGAUAUAUAAUCCGAGCGUAGCGGCGAGGCUUACCAUACUAGAAACAGCAGCGAAAUCAACAGCUUGAUCGUUACGGGAGCAAAGGAAGAAUGAGGUGUUACCUGGCGCUGUGCCUCGCGGCUGUCUACUUCCUCGCAAUUCAUGUGGUAGAAGCACGUGAGAUUUCCAGGAGCAGACGUGACCUGGAAGCGGCGGCGUCGGGUCACCAUUUCGAGAAGGGUGGUGGUUCGGAGCAUCACUCUGAUCAUCAUCAUCAUCACGGGGAGAAGGGCGAUAAGGGGUACAAGAGUCAUCACGAGCACGAGAAGGGACACAAGGGUCAUCACGAUCACGAAGGCCAUCAUGGACACUACGAGAAGCAUGGGGGUCACAAAAAGGGUCAUCAUCACGAUGACGGGUACCACAGCGAGCAUCACAAGGGCGAGAAGGGCGAGAAGGGUCACAAGUACGGGGAGAAGGGACACUUCGCAAAGGGACACAGCACAAAGGGUCAUCACGAGGUUCACAAACUAGAUGAGUUCAAGAAGGAUAAGGAGUUCUAUGACGAGCAUCACGAUCACGGCCAUCACGAGCAUCACGGUGGUCACCAUCACGAGCACGAGCACAAGAAGGGAGGACAUCACAAGUCCGGCCAUCAUAAGUCUGGCCAUCACGAGGGUCAUCACGGAAAGAAGGGCCAUCAUGAGAAGGGUAAUCACCAUCAUUCUCACAAAGGUCACAAAAAGGCCGAGGGACACGAGGACCAUCACCAUCAUCAUUCCGGUCAUGGAAAGAAGGGUGGCCACAAGGAACACAAGGAAUGGGCCUUCAAGAAGGGACACUGAUCUAUCGAUUCUCCUAUCUUAUCCUUAUCACGUUAAUUGUUAUGUUUGUCUGUCCGCUGAAUAUUAUAUUUAUUUUACAACUUAAAAUAAACAUUUUAGUAUCGUUCCCUACUGAAA